AUGGAAGAACCAACUAAAGCUGACAUUGACGCAAUUUUCAAACGAUUAAGGACACUUCCUGCUAACAAGGUGUGUUUUGAUUGUGAUGCAAAGAAUCCAACAUGGGCAUCAGUUACUUAUGGUGUGUUUCUAUGCAUUGAUUGUUCUGCGCGGCAUCGCGGUCUCGGCGUUCAUUUAUCGUUUAUUCGCUCGACGAAUUUAGACACCAGUUGGGGAUGGCUUCAACUUCGAGCCAUGCAAGUCGGUGGCAAUGCGAAUGCGGAUGCAUUUUUCCAACAACAUGGCUGUAAUACCAAAGAUACCCAACAAAAGUAUAAUAGUCGAGCUGCUCAACUCUAUCGUGAAAAACUACAUCAACUUGCAACUAAAGCAAUAAAACAAUACGGAACGAAACUUUUUCUUGAUGAUGCUCAUAAAAGUGAACAUAGCCAGUCAACUAGCGAAAAGAAAGAAGGUGAUUUCUUCCAUGAACAUUUUCAAGCGCCAGCUAAAGCUUCUUGGGAAGACAACGUCGAACUUUCAACACCAUCAAGUAAUUCCAAUCUUGAUCGAAAUGAACAAACCGAAGGACCUUCUGUCGAUCCGAAUGCAUUGAAUAAUGAUGGUUCAGCAAAAUCUCUUGACCCAAAAAAAUCAACCAUUGGUCAGCGUCGAGCUCCUCAAUCCAAGAAAAAAGGAUUCGGUGCACAAAAAGUAACAACUGAUUUUAAAGAAAUUGAACGUAAUGUCCAAGAACAAGAGAAAUUACGUGAACAACAAGCACAAUUUGAAAUCGAAAAUCGUAAAGAAACAGAAAAACAAUUGGAAAAGCAAAUGGCUGGAUUGAAAUUUGCAUAUGAAGAUAUUGGUAAGAAACGUGAAGUCGAAGAAGCAAAAUUAAAACAAUCCAAUCCACAAAAAGCCGAACAAAUGGAACGUCUUGGUAUGGGAUUUGGAAGUCGAAGCGGUGUAAGUCAUAGUGCAAUGACAGAUAUGCAAACAAUUCAACAGGAAGGUGUCACAUCAACACGAAAUGUUUCCUUGGCGGCAAAAAAUCGAGACUUUUUUGAUGACUUUACAUCAUCAUCAUCAUCAUCUGGCUUCAACAGCCGAUCGAAUUAUGAUGUAUCUUUAUCGAAAGAUUAUGAUUCAUACGAUGAGGAAUCUAGAAAAUUGGAUGAUGAUUUAUUCAAACCGAAAUCUUCAUCGAAGAAUACCGAUACAUUUUCAUCCGAAUGGGAAGUUAUUGAUCGUAAAACGCCAACAAAAGAAUUCAGUGCCAGUGGAAAUAGCUCUUCUUAUUCUUCAAACUAUGGCAGUUCAUCUGCUAAUAGUGGUGGCUAUAGCUCAUCAUCGAAAACAACAACAUCUUACAGUAGUGGAAAUAACGAUGGUGAUGCUACGAAACGAUUUUCGAAUGCCAAAGCUAUAUCGAGUGAUCAAUUCUUUAACAAAGAUUCGGAUAGCGAUCGAAACAAUACGAUCUCGCGCUUUCAAGGUAGUACAAGUAUCUCAAGUGAAGAUUAUUUUGGUGAUCCUAAUAAAAAAUCUCAAGAUCGUUCCAAUUACCAAGGUCCGGAUUUAACAACCAUGAAAGCCGAUUUCAAAGAAGGUGUCUCGAAAGCUGCUGGUCGUCUCUCAUCAUUAGCUAGUAGUGUAAUGUCAAGUAUUCAGAAGAAAUAA